ACAAAUCUUUCACACACAACACACACUGCUUUUCCCUCUCUUCUCUCUUGCAUUUUGUUUUCUUUCGCCCUUCAGCUUUUUGGCAGAUCUUUUGUUUCUGCGAGUAGCCAGAAAUUUGUUUUGCAGUGCCCAAAAAACACCCUCUAUAUUCAAUCCAUUCUUGAUCUUCUGCCCACAUUUCCCCACAUAAAAACAGAGACCUCUGUUUUGACCUCGGUUUCUUCCACUAAAAGUCUCGCUCAUUCAUCUUUCAAUUCCCACGCCUUUUUAGUGAUCAUCAAGGAAUGACGAAGCAGAAUAUGAUGGUGGCGGACGCCAAGGUGGGAAUCAACAUGGAGCUAUCAAUGGCGGCGCAACGGCCGCCGGCGGUGCCGGGGACCUACUUCAGCAUCUCUCAGAAGCAACUCCUGCAGAACCUGGAGAUCAACAAUGGCGCCAGGAUCAACUCAUGGCUCGAUACCAUGAGAGCCUCCUCCCCCACCCACAUCAAAGCGCCGCCGCUCUCCGACGGCCAGAAUUCUUGGAUCCUCCGGCAUCCGUCUGCACUGGACGUGUUCGACGAAAUCACGACUGCUUCGAAAGGGAAGCAAAUCGUUAUGUUUCUCGACUACGACGGCACCCUCUCCCCCAUCGUCGACGACCCAGAUCGCGCCUUCAUGUCCGAAUCGAUGAGAGCUACUGUGAGGAAAGUGGCGAGAUAUUUUCCCACUGCUAUAGUGAGCGGGAGGUGCAGGGACAAGGUGUACAGUUUUGUGCGUUUGACAGAGCUGUAUUAUGCUGGAAGCCAUGGCAUGGACAUAAAAGGCCCAUCAAAAGGUUAUAACAAGGAUGCUGAAGCUGUUCUUUUCCAGCCAGCCAGUGAAUUUCUUCCAAUGAUCGAUGAGGUUUAUAAAGCCCUUUUGGAGGUGACAAAAUCCACUCCUGGUGCUAGAGUGGAGAACAACAAAUUCUGUCUCUCUGUACAUUUUCGCUGUGUUGAUGAGAAGAAAUGGAUUGAACUGGCGAAGCAAGUUGGAAUGGUGUUGGAAGGGUAUCCGAGCCUUAGAUUGUCUCAAGGCAGGAAGGUGUUCGAGAUUCGUCCUACUAUUAAAUGGGACAAGGGCAAGGCCCUUGAAUUCCUUCUAGAGUCGCUUGGGUAUGCAAAUUGUGCUGAUGUGUUCCCUGUUUACAUCGGCGAUGAUCGAACUGAUGAAGAUGCUUUUAAGGUUCUGAGAGAGAGAGGUCAAGGGUUUGGAAUCCUGGUGUCCAAGAGUCCCAAGGAUACGAAUGCGUCGUAUUCACUGCAGGAGCCCUCCGAGGUUAUGGCCUUCCUCAGGCGCUUGGUUGGCUGGAAAAAAAUGUCGUUGAGGCGCCACUUCAGGAUGAGAAGACGAGUUCAAGAGAUCAAAAUGUCUUUACCUAAUUAGAACUAUUAUACCAUUAUUAUUAUUACUAUGUAUAUUUCUUGCUGUCCACAAGACAAAAACUCUUAAAUUAGAACAAAACUUGGGAAAAGUUUAUCUGCCCAUCUUGCCCUUCUACACCUUUUUUUUGUAAUUAAGCCUGUAUGGGGGUGCACUUGUAAUUUCCGGCCUUAUUUUGAGUAAAUACACUUCUUUUUCAAUCA